UCUAUUAUCUGAUUGUUUGUGAGGGGGCGAGGGGGCUAUCGAGGCUCGCGCGUCUUCCGUGACUCCCUUGAAGCCCAAAUCCUCGUCGAAGCUGCUCCGCUUGCGCAAUUCCUCGGAGCGUGGCCUCGCUCUCGGAUCCCUGCACAACAUUCACUUCGUGGUUUUGGCAAUUGGCAGUUGGGGUUCCUCCAAUUCGGUAGCACUAUGGCCACCGCCGCAGCGUCCAUGCUGCUGGAGUUUUCGUCUCUGCACGUCGCGGCGUCGGCUUCGGCGACCCACAGGAAUGGCAGCGCAUCGCAGAGCAAUGGGGUGAGCUCGAGAGUGAGCUGGAGUGGCCUGUGGACGGGCGGUGGCGUGCCUUCCGGGGUUGCCAGGGGUUGCCAAUGGCGGGACGUGAAGAAGGACGUCGAAGGGAGGGCGCGUGUGUGCGCUGUUGCGGAGCUUUUUGAGUCGGAGGUGUUGGGCACUGAGGAUGAGGGCGCGGCCCUUGAGGAUGCGCCUGUGAAGUCCGUGAAGCCUAAGACUGGCAAGGCCGCGUUGCCCUUGAAGAGUGACAGGACAAGGUCAAAGAGAUACUUGGAGAUUCAGAAACUUAGGGAAAAGAAAAAGGAGUACGAUCCUGAUACGGCAAUUCGGCUGCUCAAGGAUACAGCUAGUCUCAAAUUCGUUGAAACUGUGGAGGCUCAUUUCCGCCUCAACAUCGACCCUAAAUACACAGACCAGCAACUCCGUGCCACUGUCUCUUUGCCGAAGGGAACAGGACAAACAAUCAGGGUUGCCGUCCUUACCCAGGGUGAGAAGCAACAGGAAGCGAAGAAUGCUGGUGCUGACUUCGUUGGCGCUGAUGAUUUGAUUGACGAGAUUGCCCGUGGUAUGAUGGACUUCGACAAGCUCAUUGCUACCCCGGACAUGAUGCCCAAGGUUGCCAGGCUCGGAAGACUUCUGGGUCCAAGGGGUUUGAUGCCUAACCCAAAGGCAGGGACAGUUACCGUCGACGUCACAAGCGCCAUUGCAGAAUUCAAGGCAGGUAAGGUGGAGUACCGAGCAGAUAAGACCGGUAUUGUUCAUGUGCUCUUUGGCAAAUCUGAUUUUUCAGGGGACGAUCUUCUGGAGAAUCUAGUAGCUGUUGCGAAUUCUGUGGAUGCGAACAAGCCAUCAGGAGCCAAGGGCGUGUACUGGAAGUCGGCCCACGUUUGCACAACCAUGGGCCCCUCAAUCCGCAUCAACGUCUCGGAGUUGAGGGACUACAAGUUCAAGCAAACAUAGAGAUAACUUAAAUUCGGUAGUCCACAUUACGCUCUAGGUUUGUUAGUUGUUGUAGAAUACGUGUAGACACAAAUAUUUUGUGCUGCUGACCCUGCUUACAUGGGCACUACUUCCGAACUGGAGGUUGUAUUCCCAGCAUUUGCUAUCCGACUUGGACAAUUUUAAACUAGGAUCACAAGGUAUGGUUUUCUUUUUUGACAUCAGCCAUUCAUUGUUUUACAAAGAUUGUUUUUCUUGCA